AUGUCAGUUAGUACAGAUAGCACAACGGGUAGCAGUACGGAGAGUAAACAGCCUCGACAAGAGGAAGUAACCACAAGUACUCCUUUAGUUAUUACAGAAACUAGCACAGAGUAUAUCUCUACUACUACAGAAAAAUCAUACGCAUCGGAAGAAGCGUUUUUGACAGACGAUAUGAUCAAUGGUUUAGCUUCUGGUUUCGGAUUCUUUUUCGGCACCAUCAUAUUGAUUGUAUUACUAUGGUGUUUAUGUUGUACAAAUAACUGUAUGAAAAAAGAUGAACCACAAAAACUGAUGCGUCCAAGAGUAGGACCUUCACCGCCUCCUAAAGCAGAUUCCAGAAACCGUUCAAGAUAA